AUGGAGCCUAGUAAGAACUCCAAGAACGCGAACAAGAACUUCAACAAAGAAGCCUCUCCUGAACGGAACUCGAUCAAAAUCAAGAAACUAAAUAAGAUAUUGACUGACAAGUUGGGACCACAGUGGACUAAAGACGAGCUUGAACGUUUCUAUAAAGCUUAUCGUAAACAUGGCAGAGAUUGGAAAACGGUAGCUGUUGCAGUGCAUAACAACCGGUCUGUUGACAUGGUGGAAGCCCUUUUCUCUAUGCAUCGGGGCUAUUUGUCCUUGCCCGAGGGAACUGCUUCUGCAGCUGGCUUCAUUGCAAUGAUAACUGAUCAUUACAGCCUCAUCGAUGAGAGUGAAAGUGAAGGAGAAGGCCAUGAUGCUUCUGUAGUAUCAAGGAAACAUCAGAACCGUAAACAUGCUAAAGUUCCUUCUAGUGACAUACAAGAAGAAGUUAUUUCACCACAUUAUGUUGCAUCAACGGAAGGCUGCCUCUCACAGUUGAGGCUGACACAAGCUUAUAGAAUAGAGAGACGAGCCACUGGUAAACGUACGUUUAGAAUUGAAUACCAGAGGGAUAACAGAGAAGGUCAUACACCACCAAAUAAAAGAGCCAAUAUUCAAGUUGAGGCUGAUGAUGCAUACACAAGGGUAGGAAGGUCUCCAUAUAGAAAUUUAAGGUUAUCUUCAUCUAAUGACUCACUGAAGACAAAUCUCUACUCGUUUUUUUUUUCCAUCAGUCACAAGCAGAGGAAUCUCAAUCAAAGCACCGUGCUAGCUCCAUAUUUUAAUAAGUUAAGGUGUAAAGUCCCUUUAUAUAAGUUCUACCAUAGUAAAAUUUUGAUUAUUAUCUCUAUACCACAAUGUCUGAUUAAACUAGUGGCAUCCAUCUCUUACUAUGUAGAUGAAUUAGAAGCUCUGCAUGCAUUGGCUGAAUUGUCAGCUUCACUGACUCCAGCUGAUUUGAUGGCACUAGACUCAUCUGCACAGUGGAAAGAACAAAGAGUAGCUAACACAGUGUCCACUAGCUAUAACAGAGAAAAGUCAGAACAAGCAGGACAAGAAGAUAGUCUCCUACAUGUAUCAGCUGCAGAUGAUAAUGUGAAGACUCUGAUCAAAGCCAGACAUGCUAGAGAAGGUCCAGCAAAGCAGCAGAAUACUGCAAAGACCUCGGAAGAAUCUCCUUCAAGUAGAUCAGAUGCAGUAGUGUCAGCUACACAAGCUUCAGGUUCUGGUGCAGUGAGUUUGCAGCAGAAACCACCAAACAGGUGUAAGAUGAGUUUGAAGAAAAGUUUACAAGAAAUAGCUAAAUUUUCUGAAACCAUUCAUGAAGACAAGCCACAUAGUUCAGAACAUGGUCUAUUAAAGGUGGAGUCUCUUAACUUCAUUUCUCUUAAGACGCAUUCAAAUUUUGCUAACUUAUUAUUUCAUGUACAGAAGAAGGUUUCUACUAGUCUGUCAUAUCCAUUGGCACGUCGAAGGUUCUUAUCUGAAUGGUUCUACAAUGCCAUUGACUAUCCUUGGUUUGCAAAGAUAGAGUUCAGUGAUUAUCUAAAUCAUCUGGGGCUUGGUCACGUUCCAAGACUUACUCGAGUCAUUAAAAGUUCUCUUGGUAGACCUAGAAGAUUCUCUGAGAGAUUCAUAGAGGAAGAGCGAGAUAAACUCAAACAGUAUCAUACAGAGCUACGUGCAGGUGCUAGAGAAGGGUUUCCGCCUUUAUCAGUUGGGGAUAGAGUCAUUGCCAUUCAUCCUAAAAGAAGGGAGAUUCGUGAUGGUAAGAUUCUUAGUGUGGAUCAUGACAAGUGCAACGUUCUGUUUGAUGAACUGGGCGUCGAAGUAGUUAUGGACAUUGAUUGCAUGCCGCUACAUCUGUUGGAAUACAUGAGGAGGCAAACCGAUAACUGCUUGUCAGUAAGCAAAGAAGUAGUGCUUAACAGACACUCAAGCUCUGAUGCAUCUGUUCUGUUCACUCCUGUGCUUGAAAAUCAGGUUAACAAUUCUGUACAGAAUGAUAGGAACAGGGGAAUCACUACUGAUCAAUCAUAUAACAACACAGCCAAUAACAAAGCAAGAAGAACUGAAACUCAACGACCUCUGAUCCUGCGGCCUACUUCAGAUGCACAGGCUGCAUCUUCAGUGAAAGAUGACAAAGACUCAGGGAAGAAGAUGGUAGACUCAACAGAGGAACAUCAGCUAUUAGAUAGAUCUAUAGUGUCUGGUAUGAAGCAUCAAGACCAAACCAAUGACAGCUUGAAUCUUCUUCAACAUCAUCAGAGCCUGUCUCCCUCAAACACAGGAGAACUUAUCAGAUCUUGUUGUUUCAACUUAGCUCAUGAUUCAGGUAAAAAUAUAAAAGGAAAAUUUUCUUGGACUAAUGAAAAUCUAAUCAAGAAUAUAAACUUUUCACAUGACCCAAGGUGUCCCCAGAAUAUGCAUAUCUACAGAUGUAUACAGACUUUUAUGGGAUUGAUCAAGGAUCAUAUAUGUAAUAGCUACUUCGUUGCAGUAAUGGCGGAUUUUCAGACAUCAACUCAACGUGCCAAGUGGGUUUUCACUCCCCAGAAACUGGCAGAGAGAUAUAAAGCUGCUAACCACAGGGCAGUGCAAUUUCUGGAGAAGUGUGGAACAACCCAAGUUGAAGUAGAUGCCAGUGGAUCAUUAACUUAUCCUACUGAUAAAGGUGAAGCACGAGAUCACGCUGAUAAGAAGCUUAAACCAUUGAGUGUUGAUGAAGAACGUUUCAUGAGAGCAUUUUAUGAGGCCAAAGUCCAAGAAGUUUGCAGUGCCUUUGAGUUUCCUCACAAGAUUCAGGCAACAGCCCUCCAGUACUUUAAAAGGUUUUAUCUGCAAUGGUCUGUUAUGCAACACCAUCCAAAAGAAAUAAUGUUAACCUGUGUGUAUGCAGCAUGUAAAAUAGAGGAGAAUCAUGUAUCUGCUGAGGAAAUAGGGAAGGGGAUUAAACAAGAUCACCACGUUAUCCUCAAGUAUGAGAUGGCUGUUCUUCAGAGUUUGGAAUUUGAUCUGAUUGUUUUUGCACCGUAUCGUGCAAUGGAAGGCUUUGUCAAUAACAUGGAGGAGUUUCUUCAAGCUAGAGACGAUGAAAUCCAAAAGCUGGAGAGUUUGCUCAAAGCGGCAACAGCAGAAGUUGAUAAAGUUAUGCUCACAGAUGCUCCACUUCUCUUCCCUCCUGGUCAGUUGGCGUUGGCUGCUUUGCGUAUUGCAAAUGGGAUUCUUGGAGUGGUUGAUUUUGAUAGGUACCUAGAGUACAUUGUAUCUCAACCUAACUCUGAGCACACGACUUCAGAGCUCUCAAAGUUACUUGAUGACAUCGAAUCUUUGGUAAAGAACUACAAGUACCCAAGUGAAAAGGACAUGAAACAUAUCAACAGGAAGCUAAAAUCUUGUCUAGGACAUAGUUCUUCACAUGACGAUAGCAAGAAAAGGGAGAAGAGAUCGAAGCACAAGUCACAUAGGAGCUCCAGUGAUGCACCAAACGGGGCUGCACCGAUUGGUUGA